AUGUUCGGAGCAUCGUGGGGCAACCCACAGCAGAAUCAACAGCAACCACAACAGCCACAGCAGCAGCAAACAGGUCUCUUUGGGCAGCCCGCUACUGCUGGGUUCGGAGCCGCUGGAGGAGCGUUCGGCGCAGGUGGGGCUUUUGGUCAACCACCACAACAACAACAGCAACAGCAAGCCCCUAAUCCCAUGUUUGGAGGCAUUGGAGCGUCUACAUCGACGGGCACAACCGGUGGGUUUGGUACCGGCGCAUUUGGAGCUCCUGCAAAUACUGGCGCUUCUGCAUUCGGUGCGCCAAAACCUGCGACAGGAUUUGGGGCCUUCGGUGGUGGUACUAGUGGUGGGGCUGGGGCGUUUGGCAGCGGCGGUGGUGGCACGUUUGGUGCCAACACCAACACGCAGCCUACCGGAGGAGGGCUUUUUGGACAGACCAACACCAACACAGGGAACGUGUUUGGCUCAGCAGGCGGAUUGUUUGGGAAUAAGCCAGCCGGAGCGUCUGCGUUUGGUUCACCAGGAGCAAAUCCUCAGACUGGACAGUACGAUGGUGUUCCUCCCGUUACGAGUGGUUCAUCGAAUCCCCCGUAUCAGGUCUUCACCGAGAAGGAUGGCGUAAAUUCAUCCGUGACUCUGCAGUAUCAGAGCAUCUCAUGCAUGCCACAGUAUCGCGGCACAUCAUUCGAAGAACUCCGCGUACAAGACUAUGCCCAAGGACGGAAAACAGCGGGCGCUGGCGUCGGAGCCUUUGGCCAGACUACCCCCUCCGGAUUUGGCGCACCACAACAGCCAGCGACAGGUCUGUUCGGACAACCUGCUCAGAAUCCCCAGCAACCUGCGGCUCCUGCCUUCGGUGCCUUCGGAUCUACAGCUCCUUCAAACCCAGGCGGCGCAUUCGGCUCGUUUGGCCAACCCAACCCAGCACCAGCUGCCGGUGCGAGCGGCUUCGGCGCGUUUGGCCAACCACAGCAGCAGCAGCAGCAGCCCCCACAACAACCCGCCUCGAGCUUCGGUGCGUUCGGCCAACCCCAGCAGCAGCAGCAGCAGCAGCAACAACAACAACAACAGCAACCUACUGCGAGCUUGUUCGGUGGCUCGUUCGGGGCAAAUACCAACCAAAAUCAGCAGAAGCCUUUUGGUGCCUUCGGAUCUACCGGUACGAACACCAAUGCUUUCGGUGGUGGUGGCGGCGGCUUGUUCGGCCAGAAUACCCAACAGCAGCAACAACAACAACAACAGCCGGCCCCUACCACCGGUUUGUUUGGUCAACCUCAACAGACCACAUCGACGUUCGGUAGUGCGUUCGGAGCCAACAACAAUGCUCCCAAGCCUGGUCUGUUCGGCCAGCCUGCUCAGAACACACAACCGUCUACUGGCUUCGGUGGUGGACUGUUCGGGAACACUCAGAAUCAACAGAAUCAACAGCAGCAGCCGCAGCAGCCUGCCGGUGGACUGUUUGGCGGGGGGUCAGCGUUUGGCCAGAAUCCCCAGCAACAACAAAACCAACCCGCCCAGGGCGGAGGAUUGUUUGGAAACUCUCAACCCACCCAGCAGCCCCAAGCGGGUGGCGGUUUGUUCGGCAACACCGGUGGAAGUCUGUUCGGUAACAACCAGCAACAGCAGCAGCAGCAGCAGCAGCAACCUGCUCAGAACAACUUUGGACUAUUCGGUCAGAACAAGCCGGCCGCACCUGCGACAGGUGGGGGCCUCUUCGGCGGGGGAUUCGGCCAGUCGACCACCAACACCAACCCUGCCCCUCAACAACAAUCCACUGGGCUCUUCGGUAACUCUCUGGGCCAGUCGACGAAUCAAUCGACAGGCCUAUUUGGCGGUGGCCUUUUCGGCGCGAAACCCGCGACUCAAACGCAACCACAAUCACAACCACUAGGCGGUUCGCUAUUCGGGAAUUCGCUGGGUGUCUCCGCUCUCAAUCCUCCCUCGGUUGGUGCUGGUGGUCAGGGUAGUCUCCAGGCGUCCAUUGCGCAGCCUCAGUCCGCCAACUUGCCGAUUUUCACCAUGCUUCCCGCUACGGCCCCGAGCCUGCAACUCUCUCAUUUGACUAGGAAGAAGACGCCAUUCGACAUACCAAACCGAGUACUGCCACCAAGGCCGCUCUCGUAUGUACCCGGCGCCACAAAACUACGUGGCUAUACCUCUAUGUCCUCGAAGCCGGUAUCUACCAAUGGUUUCAAUGGAUCAAACAGCAUUUUCGGGACAUCUACUAGCGGGAAAUCCGGAUCCCUUGGCCUGAGCACGAUGAACGGGCGUGCAGACGGGGCCGGUGCCAGCUCUGUGUUAGGCUCAGGGUCGCGCCGUAGCGUAAAGAAACUCAUACUCGACAGGAAGGUCGACCCAUCCGACUUGAUGCGUCGUUCCAGCACGCCAGUAUCCACCAGACCAUCCAGCAAACCAACUUUCGUACCCGCUCUGGUUCACGCUGCCCUUCAACACGAGGCUCUGUCCACUCCUCCACCCGCUGCCACUCCUCCGCCUGCGACUCGUGGCAAAGGAACCCGUUUGAUCGCGGACAAUGUUACAGCGCCGCAGAACAGCGAGCCUCAGGAGGGCGAGUACUGGACGAGCCCACCCAUUGACGUGCUCCAGGGCAUGGGCCACCCCGAGCUCAGCGCGGUCUCCAAUUUCGUCGUUGGGCGUGUCGGGUUCGGAGAGGUCCACUUCCUGGAACCCGUCGACCUCACGGCGUUUGGGAAGCUCAGCGAUCUACUCGGGGAUCAGGUUCGCUUCGAUCCCAUGGAAUGCAGCGUCUAUCCAGACACGAACGAUGUCGACAAGCCACCUGUCGGCUCUGGUCUUAACGUGCCUACCAGGAUCAUGCUCUUCCGUUGUUGGCCAACAAACAAAGCCACUCGUGAGCCGAUCAAGGACGAGUCGCAUCCUGCGAUGGCGAGGUACGUGAAGAUGCUCAGCCAUAUGAAGGGCACGAACUUUGAGAGCUACGACGCGGAGAAAGGUACAUGGACCUUUACUGUGGAACACUUUUGACGGAAUAUGAUCAUGUUGGUUUUUGGCAGCGAUGAUAGUGUUCUUCUUGUUUCUUUCUCGUCCCCUUUUUUCCUCGCAGUCGUUGUGGAUGUGAUUGUGAUCUACUGCUCGUCACUUGCUUUGUUUCAUAUUCGCUUGUCUGUCAUGUAAUCGCCGCGGUAUGGUCUAUGCACAAUUCAAUAUAUUUUGGAAGCAG